GUUAGAUGUGUUUCCCUCAUCACUUGAUCUGGUUGCGUCAAAUGUUCUUCGCGUCUAGAUCUCCGGGUGUUCUGCCUUGAAAGCCGCCUCCACGUGAGAUCGCCGGCAUACCUCCGCGUCCGACGGCGGCUGCUCUCCCUACAGUCGCACGCACGCCUUCCAUCGCCGCGCGCCCUGAUGUCGCUAAUCAAAAAAUAUUUAUUACUUUUGUUUUGCUUUCUUUCCGUGUAUCUUUAAGUUCGCUGUUCUUUUACCAGCUACAAGUAUGUUGGGUUCCUUGCGUACACUUUUCAAAUUGGAUGAUGAUUGGUGAAUUUUAUUUGUUUGAUCUUUCAGGUUAUUGAAAUUGAUUUGCUGUCUUAAUCAUUGCUACUAGCCAUUGUACAACUUGCAGAGGAUAGGCACCGGAGAGUCUGGCUUGCAACAAUUGAGUACAUCCCAUUGUUGGCAAGUCAGUUAGGUGUGGGGUAUCUUGAUGACAAGUUGGGUGGGGUGCACUCUGCAUGCAAUGGUUGGAAGAUAAGAUUUGUAUUAUUACAGCUAUGGAUGUGCUCGAUAUCAUAACUAUAGUUCCAUGGGGAUUUCUCUUGCAUCUCUACUUAUAUCCCUUAGUGCAUAUACGACAUUGUAAUGUAUUGACUGAUGGUUGGAUCAGUGUGAUUAACUAACAACAAUUUGAAUUUCCAGGUCUUCUCAAUCAGAGAUGUUGCUAACAACUUGAAGCGGCUUGCAGAGGAGUUGGAUCCUUAGUGGGCGAUGCAGCAUAUAAUUCCUCAGUUGCUGGAAAAGAUCAACAACCCGCACUACCGGUAUUGCAUGACAAUUCUGCAAGCUAUCUCAUUGCUGGCCCCUGUAAUGGGUGCAGAAAUCACCUGUCAAAAGCUGCUUCCAGUCAUCAUUAAUUUCUCAAAGGACAUGGUUCCUAACAUCAAGUUCAAUGUUGCAAAAGUACUGCAGUCGCUUAUAUCGAUCCUCGAUCAAUCCGUUGUGGAGAAGACCGUGAGGCCAUGCCUUGGUGAGCUCAGCGAGGAUUCUGAUGUGGAUGUAAGAUACUAUGCAAACCAGGCACUGCAGGUUUCUACCCUGUUGUCAAAGAGGUCUCCAUAUUACGCAAUCGAAUAUGCAAAAGUUUACUGGAUGUAUGUUUGGCACCAAGCUAUGUGCAAAAGAAGGGGAAGAUGAAUUAACCAACAGAUCUUUGAACUGAUGGCAAGCUCUAGCAUCAAUUGGAACACUCACUUAAUAAUCUCAUGGUGUAAUUUUGCAGAUAAAUAAUCGUCAUAUUUCCUUUGGUUUACUGUUUCAGAUAAAGAUGUUCCAUGUUUCUCCUUUUAUUUCAAAUUUUGUCACAAUCUGAUUACAGGGUAAUUGAUGAAAUUUUUGCAAGAAGCUGCUGCAGUUGCUAUCUA